AUGGCCACACAUAACAAGGACCAGCAGCCGCCCGUCUACUCCAGAGAGUUAACCCUACAGGCGCACUUCACCUUCGGUACGGCAGCCAUGGCACCCGUGCAGUACGCCCAGGUCACGCCCACCUCUACCUCGGCCCUUGGUGGGCGGCCACUCAUGACCAGUGGGACACCACAUGAACACUGGCGCUGGAACGGCGGCGGUGGCGCUGCACAGUGUUCCAUUACCUGUGGCCGCGAAGGUCUCACCAUGACGUACAACGCCCCUCCCGCCGCUACCCACGCCCACCACGCCCUUCCCUGCCCCAUCUGCAGCUCCCUGGUGGCGGGGCGCUCAGUACCCCCGGCCACCACCGUCUCCCACGACGCCGUCAUCACCACCACCACCACCAGUAGCAGCCCCAUCUUCACCAGGAGCUUGUCUGGACAGGGCCACACAGCGGGUUCGCAGCAGCGACCUUAUGGCCGCCGCUGCAAAAGCACCGCACACAUCGUGCUGCAGAACAACGAGAGUCAGGAGACGCGGCCCCACGAGUUCCACCACACUCUGCGGGCUGAUGACGCCCCUCUUGGCCGCCCGGAGGCAGCGAGCCGGGGCAGAGCACGUCACAGGGCCGCCCCGGACACUGAACACGGGGCCGUGGGCGGGUGGGAGCGCUUGCACCCUCUGAGCGAAGAACAGGACCCGGCCAGACGAGCCUCCGUGGAGGGGGGCGAGGCGCCGCUACUGCCCCCCUGCUGCCCCUGCCACCACUGCUCCGCCCUCUACUCCCUCGUGUCCAGUCUGGCGCACGAGCGGACGUGCCACGCGUGCGCCCAUCACCACCACCACCACCACCCGCCGUGUUCACCCACCCCACAACGCUCUCAGGGACCGCCACGUGCAGCCGACCCCCUCAGCACACAACCCAAGUCACCCACAGUCCGCACCUUCAACUCCCACAGGUGCUACGAGGAGGAGGGCGAGGGACCCCGGCGCCUGGAGAGGAGUCACCCCAGGUCCCGUUCCCCCUCCCCCAGGAUGGUGCUGGUGGGCAGGUCCGCCUCGCCCCACAGCUCCCCUUCACCAGAUCGUCGCGGCGACGGAGCCGAGGAUCGCCACCCCCACACCACGCCCCAGAUGCCCCGGCGUGUGCCCCGCAUGGGUGCCGCAGCCGCCGCAGUAGCCGCAGCCUCCACACACACGGCUGUACAGGGUGAUGGAGGAGGGCCCGCCUCUACGUCCCGUGGGCCCCGCACCAGGCAGCAGAGGGGGCCCCGUCCACGCACCAUCCACAUCGACGUGUACUGCAGCUCCUCCUCUGACGUGGACUCCUCGUCGCCCUCGUCACCCGUCUCGGAGGACACGCUAGACUCGGGGCCUCGUAGACCCCACGCUGUGGUGGCCCUGGGGUCUAAACAGCGCAAGAAGACGGAGCUGAACCUCGGCCGUCACCACUACCACCCACUGGAGGAGAAAGCCUCCAGUUUUGUGUACUCACGAGGACGAGCUCCACACACCAGCCGGAGGACCACCUUCAUUACCGACGACUUGUUGCCGCUGUGCUCCUCCCCGCCGCCCACAACACCAGACAAGGAUGACCUGGCUGAGGAGGUGGCGGCCGCCUUCUAGAGGCGGUACGUCACAGCCGCCGCCG